CUGUGUGUUGCAGCCCACGCUGGGAGGCUGAUGGAGGAGUUCGGGCGCCUGUACGAGCAGCAGUACGCCGUGGCUCUCUUCAACAAGGUGCGCUUUGACGUGGAGGGAGGAGGCGGCCCCCAACCACAGCUGCUGCAUCGCAAGAUUCCCCUGGAGAACAAGUCCAUCUUCUCGGGCUCCUUGUUUCAGUACCUAGAGGACAGCAAGAAAUGGAGGAACCGUUUUUUCUUUGUUCCAGACUCCUACAACGUCAGCUAUUAUGACAACAAAGCGGCCUACGACAAACACCUCCAUCCCAAAGGGACCAUUAACAGCGCCGGCUACAAAGUGCUGACCUCUCUUGAGCAGUAUCUGGAACUAAUCAGCAACAACCUACCCAGUAUGAAAGCGAAGGUGGGAAGCUCGCCUUUCCUGAAGUGCCCGAGCCAGUUCCCUCUGAUCCUGUGGCACCCUUACGCACGCCACUACUACUUCUGCGUGAUGACCGAGAAGGAGCAUCAGAAGUGGCACGCCGUCCUCCAGGACUGCGUCAGGCACUCGAACGAUGGUUUGUGUGAAGAGGACAAAGUCCAAACGCCAGCCUUCACUGACUCGGUGCGGCUCAUCCGUCAAGCUCAAGGGCACUACGGCACCUGGGAGAUGAUGUGUGGUGUGCCAUCACAGAUCCUUUCUAACCUGGUGAUGGAGGGCCUGCUUCCUGAACUAAGAGAGCUCAUCUCCCCCCGCCUUAAAGGCAAACUGCAUGAGAGACAGAGGAACUGGAUGCUGAUCAGCGACGCGGUGUACGGCCUGGUGCAGGGCCAGUGUCAGAGCCAGUACGAAGCGCUGCUGCGCAGGUGUGAGGCCGCCUGCUCCUCCCUGGAAGCCUCCAUACGAACAGACAUGGACCAGAUCAUCACGUCCAAGGAGCACGUCACAAACAAGAUCAGAGCCGUGGUGCUCCCAAAGGCUGAGAAGCUGCUGAAGGUGAGCAUUCAGCCCUACAUCGCCUCCAUCCUGGACGCACUGAUGGAGCCCACCAGCAGAGGCUUUUCUGAAGUCCGGGAUGUUUUCUUUAGGGAACUGGUGGACAUGAGCAAGAACACGCUGAACAAUGACAACAAUGAGACGGUGGCACAGCACAUGGAGAAGAUCUCCAUGCUGGCCUUUCAUCCAGUGAAGAUGCAGUGCUGCUAUGAGAAGGUGGAACACCUGAAUCUGGAGGGUCUGCAGCAGAGGUUUGACGUCUCCAGCCCCUCCGUGUUCAUCCAGAGGGCCCAGAUCCUCAUGAGAAAGCAAAUGGACGAUGCCGUCUAUACGUUUGAGCAGAUCCUCCACCAGUGUCUGGGCUCCCAGGGGUCAGAGGAUCUCUGUAAAACCAUCCAGCGCUGCCAGGACAGAGUCAUUAAGAAAUUUGACUACGACAGCAGCACAGUGAGGAAGCGCUUCUUCCGGGAGGCGCUCCUGCAGAUCUUCAUCCCGUACAUGCUGAAGCAGCUCAGCCCAACCUGUACCUCGGAGCUUCCACGCUUCCAGGAGCUGAUCUUUGAGGACUUUUCACGCUUUAUCCUGGUGGGGAACAUCUUUGAGGAGGUGGUUCUGCAGUCAGUCAUGAAGGACAUCAUUAUGGCUGUGAAGGAGGCAGCAGUCCAGAGAAGGCACAACCUGUACAGGGACAGCAUUGUCCUGAGCAACAGCGACCCCAGCCUGCACCUACUGGGGGAAAACCCCUCAGUCGACUGGGCCGGGGAGUAUGGCGGAGUCCCGAAAGGGGCGGAGGAGCCCGGGGAGGAUGCCGAGGGGGAUGCGGAGUAUCAGAGGAGGAGGAGGAUGAAGCAGGUGGUAUCCAUGAUCCAGGUGGAAGGCUCCAGCGAACAGGACGUGGAGGGCCCCGGCGUUGACGUUAUCGUGGAGGAAGUGGAUGCAGAAGGAGAGGAGCCUUCAGAUGAUGACACUUCCUCUUACCAGACUAGAUCUACAAGUCCCAAAGUGUCGGAGAACCCUUCAGAAGAGUCGAAUGGCUCCUCCUUAAAGGAGGAAGAAGCCAAAUCAGUGGAGAGUUGUACAGUUGAUGCCCCUCUAAAGGUUGUAUCGGCUGAAGAACAUGCCUCGGUCAUUAGGAUGGAGGGAAAGGACAGCCACUCCCUGGUGGAGGAAGAGCCCCCCGCCACUUUAGAGGAAUUGGAAGAGGCGUCUCCACCACAACUUCUCCCCAAAGAGACAUCGGGAGCUUUGGAAGCGAUUCCAGAGAUCAAUCCAGGCAUGUCGAAUGGUCCUCUGUUGGAGAAAGAGGAAGCAGAGGAGCAGCGGAAAGAUAAUGCUGACUCCACUACAACGGGGGCCUCCGUCGUAGAAGAAGCAGGACGGGUAGAGGAGCCCCAGGCUGCCCUAGGGAACCAGCACCCGGAGGAUACGUUACCACCGGCAGGGGACGGGCUUCCCAACCCGGCGGGUAAAGCCCCGGAGCAUCCAGCAGAACCCAGCCCCGACUCGUCCCCGCCCCCCCACGACGACAGUGGCUUCCAGUCUCCCACCAGCGAAGGGACGGAGGAGCUGAACCCGUGUGCGACGCAGCCCUCGGAGAAGGACCCAGCAGAGGAGGCAGGUGUAGCCCAUACAUCGGUCACCCUGUCGCCACCAACCAGCGACUGA